AGUCCAUAAAAAGCCAGCUGACAGUCUGGAAAGCUGACAAUAUUUGGAGAAGAAGAACACAGAAGGUCUCCACUGUGGGGCAGUAUUCACAAACAAAGCUGCCAACCCACCCGUCCUGUGAGUGAGGAAGAAGAGAGGCGCACACAAUGCACUGCUCGGCUGAGGGUUGUGUCUCUGGCUGUGUCUCUGACUCUGGUUGUCUCUCUGUCUCCCUGAUUUCCACCAUAAAUCUCCAAUUCAGUGGAAACUCGUGAAGAGGCAGCAGCGGGGCCGUCCUGGUUCUUCCUUCAAAAAUUGACUCUCUGGAUUCAGUGAGAAUAAAGAAACGCCGGAGAGGGGGUCCAGCUAAUCCUACAGACUGGAUUACACAGUGAAGGCUGCAUGAAGGAGCUGCCCGGCCCGACGGGGGCUCGGCCCACACCCUCGGUUAUGGAAAUCGACCCCGAGGCUUUUUAAUUUGGGCCUUGAUUAUUUUGGUGAUGACGGAGGAGGAAGGAAAGAAGAGUUUCGUGUAGAUAAGAGAGAUAUUCUGAUUGAAUUGGCGUUUGGAUGUUUAAAGAGUUUAUAUUCUUCCUGCUUUAAAGAGAACUGAAAGGUCUUCCCCGGCUAACAGCUGGAUGCUAACGUUACGUCUUUCUUUUGAUGUGAUUUCAGUCGGCCAUCAACAUUACAGCUGAGAAAAACUACACGAAAAACACGUGUUAGCUUCGUUGUGUUACACUCGACCUGUUCGUCGUUACAAACACAUCCUACAAAUUAAGUUUCGUUUGGUUCCAACCUUUAAAUAUUGAGCUGUAUUGAGUUAGCUUUGUGAAUGCUAGCUUAAAGCUAACUGGCUACACUGACCUAUCGUUAGCAUUAGCAUUAGCAGUUUCUGCUUUUACUACACCAGACAGGUCGUUUGACUCAUCGGAUUGGGUGUCAGUUUCAACUUGUGUUCCUUAAAUUGAAGAAUAACAAUCUUUAAUAACACAACACGGUGUAUUAACAUCGGAUAGGAGAGUAAUCUGUGCUAGCAAGCUAACCGUGUAAUUUAGCUAACAGGUAAAUAAAUUUGUCACCGUUUGCAGAAAUUUACAAAAUCCUGGAUGUUGGAGUUUUAUUUAGGGAUGUUGACAUUCUCUUGGUUUUGAUUUUGAGGUGGAUCCGUGUGUGAUUCGUGCUGCUUUGUCUCCAACACAAACAGUCGUUUUUUGUUUACAUGCGUUUAACUUCAGUGGGUUGAAUCUCUCUCUCUGGCUAGCUUAACGUUAGCCGUCUACAGGAACAGUCUGCUAUGUCCUGACAUCUGUGGGGGGUUUAAAUUCCUGUGUUGACAUUCAGAUUCAUUGAAAUGACUCUAAAAUUCCGCCGAAAGAAAGGCACUGAUGCCGACAGACUGUCGUCAGAGGACGGUAAAUAAUAGCCACUGCUUCCAUUAACGCCAUUUUAACUGGGAGGGCCUGCCUGUGUGCUGGUUGGUGUAUUUGCCGGACCAGGACUCGAACAAAGUGCCUUUGGCCCCACUGGAGUUACUAAAGGAGGUGUCUAUCCAUCAUGGAGGGCCCGAGCCGGAGUACUGGAUUCAGGCAGAGCCGACGGUCCCGGUCCCAGCGCGACAGGGAGCGGCGGAGGAGGAGAGUGGACCUGGCGGUGGAGAGGGCCACAUCCCUGUCCUCAGGCUCCGAUCGGGAGGGUCGUGGUGGGACCAACAAUGUGCUGGGUCCCGGUGGGAGAGAGAGCCGGCCCGGCUUUGGGAGACACAGGCCUCCACGGCGGAGGAAGAGGGAGUCUGUGUCCUGCGAGGAGGAACUCAUCGAUGGCUUCGCUAUUGCGAGCUUCAUUAGCUUGGAGGCUCUGGAGAUGGACUGCUCUCUGAAGCCCAGUCAGCGCUCCGACAUGCUGGGACGGAGGAACAAGGGGAAGAGAGGGCCAGAGGAGAACGGCGGAGGGCCGCUGUCAGAGCCGGAGGAGGGAGCCCCGCACAGCUACUCCAGCAGCUGCAGGAACAAGAGCAGGAAUAAAAGACGGAGGAUAGAGGGACAUCCUCUGGAGACCGGCUACAUUUGUGACACUGAGAGUGACACGGGAGACAAGGCUUCAGACAACGACAUGGACCCAGUUUUCACAGUCAGUACAAGGAAAGUUGUGGAGCCUGCUCCAGCAAACAUGGGCACAUCCGUGAGCAAGAGCCUCCCGCCCGUGCAGGCCCGCUGCGGCAGCGUCUCGCGGUUGAUGGUGACCCCGAGAGUAUCCGGCCUGGAGCGAAGUCAGGAGAAAAACCUGGAGCCGCAUUUCCCAGAGCCUCUUUCUACCUCUUCUGCCCCCUUCUGUCUGCCUUCCCAUCCCCCCAACGCGACCUCAGGCACUGUCCCCCGGCCCAGCCCGUUCAACGGCAACGGCAGCCGCCACAACGGCAGCCCGCCGCUCUCCAAACCCAAACCCUUCCUCACACUGCCUGGACGGUCUCACAUCUACAACAACAGGAGCAGCACCCCGGUCAAACCUUCCUCAUCUGCUUCAUCUCUUGCGUCUUCCUCAUCCUCCAUGCGCCCCCCGACUCCCUCCACCAGUGUGUCGCUGCCCUACAUCAGGGGCUCGGGAUCCUCAGGGCCUCUCAGACCCCCAUCCCGAGCCAGCUCCGGGGCCUUGUUCACGUCUUCACCCGGCCUGCCUCCUCCUCCUCCUCUGAUGCAGGUUCCUUCACACUCCUCAGCAGCAGAACAAGAAAUAAUGCGUCAAAACUUAAACUCCCACUUCUUGAAUUCACAAGAGCGCGAGGGCAGACGCAGCGUCCCCGGGGCUGAGAACAACGCGUCCGCCGCAGGCCGCUCCACUCCCGGUGGUCCGUCGGCGUCCAGCUCCACAGCGGGCUCCUCGGGCCGGACGUCUCAGAACCAGUCGAGCAUCCCGCCGCUGGCCUUCCAGUUCCAUCAGCACAACCACCAGCACCAACACACGCACACGCACCAACACUUCACGCCCUUCCUGCACCCCACAGCCACCGCACCGCCUCUGUUUGAUAAGUAUGCAGGCAAAAUGGACGGGCUGUAUCGACACCCUUUCUUCCCACAGUACCCUCCGCCCUCAGUGCCGAGUAUUCAGCCUGUGAUUCCUCCCACUGGGCCUUUCAGCUCCUUGCAAGGAGCGUUUCAGCCAAAGCCUCUUGUCCCUCAGGGAACGGGUCCAGACAUCUCCGCACGACUCGGGGUUGUGCCUCACCACCUGCAGCCCAAAGACCCACGGCUAACUGAUCCAUUUGGGACAUCGUUGAAAGUCAGUAAUAAACCAGGAAAGUGGUGCGCUAUGCAUGUGUAUUUGGCCUGGAUGAUUCUAAGCCAUCAGAAAAAAGUGAAGCUGAUGCAGGCUGAUCCUCACAAGCUGGACUUCCGUAGUGACCUGCUGUCUCGGUUUCCUGGAGCCGGGGGAAUGGGUCCGAUGGGGCCCAUGGGAGGAGCUAUGCCUCCUACUCAUGAUAUGAACAGGCCUCCCAGUCUGUUCCAAGCUACAGGGCCAGUCAAUCCGUCCUCGGCUCCCUUCAUCUCUCCAUCGACGCCCCACUCCUCCUUCCUCACACCGACGGCACACUUGGAUCCGUACGGUCGAUCCCCGCCCUUCACCCCGCUUGGAGCUCUUGGUUCUGGUGCCUUUGGAGGACUUGGUAGCCCAACACUGGCGAACUCUGUGUUCGGCCCUAAAGACUCAUCAGCUGGCGUCGUCGGAGGCAUACCCACCCCCAACCAUCACGACCCGUGGAACCGCCUACACGGCGGCCCGUCAGGCUUCCCCGCUGGUCCCAGCUGGGCUAAAGGCGCCGACAAGAGGGACGAGAGGGACCGAGGGAAGGACGGAGAGAGGAGAGAUAUUCCCCACAUCAAGGAUGAAAAGGACAGAGACAACAUGCUGUACGGCCGACCACCUGUGAGAAUGUCUCCGGUCGCCCCCUCCUUCAAGGCCCGCAGUAGCACCCCGGUCUCUCACAUCAACGGCCACAGCAGCUCCCUGGGGGGCGGCGGACCCAUCGAGGACCUGACCCGCAGCCUAAGCAGAGACAGAGACCGCGAGCGAGACAGAGACAGAGACGGGGACAAGAGGAUGCUGCCGAAUGUGUCUUCACGAGGUCUCCCUCUUGGCUCUUCAUCUUUAGUAGCAGACAGGGACAGACCCCGGUCCUCCUCAUCCUCUGUGCUCACUACUCCCCCGCCCUCCAACCGCUCCGCUCCAUCUCCCCUGGACCUUUACCCCCGCUCACUCGCCCAGACAGCACACAACCAUCACAACGAUUCAUCACACUCGCAAAGAGACGGCCCUUCUUCCUCAGCAGCUUCUGCCUCCGUCACUUCUUUGUCUCAGGCCAAGAAGUCUGACCGGACUACAACGCCCGUCUCCAAACCUCCCAUGCUCCUCCCGCCUGUUAAAGUCAAAGAGGAGCGGAAAGAGGAGCCAGAGCACAUCCCCAUCACGCUGCCUCCCCCUGCCCCCAACCACUUCGAUCGCCCCAACAGCCACCCGCACCACCACACAUCUGGUACCCCCUCCUCCUCGUUAUCAUUGACUCCCACCCCUGGUGUCCAACUCAUGCAACACGCUCCAAAUCCUCCUCACCAUCAACACCUCUCCCUGCUGGACCGUACGAGGGCUAUCGAGGCGUACUUGGGGAGCACAGGGGCUGCAGGGUUGAUGAUGGGCCCAGGAGGAGAUCGUUUCCACCAUGGCCACGCCCAGGGACCACCACAGGGUCCACAUAGCUUCACGUGGGACCCCUGGAGGGAUCUGGCAGCGCAGCAGCAGCAUCAUCAGCAUCGCAGGGAGGCUAUGGCACUUCGUGCUGACCCUCAUCUCGCCCUGCGGUCUGAUCCACAUCUGGCCCGGCUGCUCCAGCAUCAGCGCCUUAUUGAGGCAGAGAGGGCGGCGCAGGCUGUAGCAGCUGCAGCGGCAGCAGCCGCCCCUCACCACCCUCCAACAUCUACCUCUUCUGCCGCCUCUGCUGUCCGCCAGGAGUUUGGUCUGAUGGCUCAUCACUUUGAACGGCCUCCUCAUCUUGGACCCCCGGGAGGAGGGCUGAUGGAUGAGGAGCAGCGAGCCCAGAUCCUGAGGGAAGACUUUGAGCGGGCUCGCUACUUUGGGAUGCACCCGCACCUCCCUCACGGCCCCCACCUUUCAGGCCCUCAUGCUGCUACAGCCGCUCACCUGGAGCAGCUCCACCCUGGCCUUCUUGCCCACUCGCUCAACCACGGAGGCCAUCCCUCCCAGCACCACGCUGGCCUCUACGCCCGUCUAGGCCAUCUGAACCAUCACCAUGUGCCCAACGGCAUCCUGGCAAAGACCCCUGCAGGCUUGGUGGGAGCCCUGGCGAUGGGGGCACCACCUCCACUCAUUCCGUCCAUCACCAGCCGGUCGUCCACGCCUCCCCGCGGCUCUAGACUCGCAGGGCCGGGUGAGCUGGCUCUGUACAGCGCCCACAAAGACGGAGAGUCCAGAUAGUACAGGGACAACACUGGAGGAGAUGAAGGGAAAUGUCAGGAUCACCGUGCUGCUCUCAACCUGCCCCCUUUUCCUCUUGCAGACUAAGAAACCCUCCCACAGCCCGAGUAGGGUGACUAAGACUGGCUGGGGGUGAUGUCGGGGAGGGAAAUGCAAGACUUGGAAUAUGCGCAAUGGUUCAAACAGUGCAAUUUAAAGGUACAUGGUUUCUGUGCAUCCUUGGUGUAUUUUUAUUUUCUACUGGCCGAUGUUUCUUACAGUAGUCGGUUUCUGAAGCUGUAUGAAGAGGCAGAGGACAGCUCUUUCUCAUUUGUCAGGUGAAUUAUGAUCCAUGCUCUUCAGCAAGCCUUUUCCAGGUGGAUUGGAAAUGACUUCCAGAGGGAUGUACACUGUGAAAACACGUCAAGGGUUCAUCCUGGGAUGUUGUAAAAGCCCUGUUCUACAUAAAUCAAUCCUGGUUAGUCAUUGUGGACGAGGGUGUUUAGACAGACGGUGGUAAAGUGAUGCUCUCUGUUUCUGUCUUUGUGUCUCUUUGUCAUUGUGAAAGACAAGAUUACUGAUCAGACCAUUUUAAAGAUUGGUAAGCAUUGCACCUCAGUUUCCUGCUUUACCCAAAAAUCUUAAACCCAAACCCUUCAAAGCUUCAAUGAUGAGAUUCAACCCUUUUGGCUCGUUUUUGUUAAAAUAAUGAACGGCGAGAUGAACUGUGCUAAACUGUGUGAGGUAACACAGUGUUUUAGAGCUUCCUGUUACUGUUUUCCCAGUCUCCUCUUGACUAUAUAUGUGCAGGACCAGAUUAUAGUAGUCUAGAGAAAUUGCCUUUGUAAUUAUUAUUCUUAACAUUAAUUAUCUUCUAUAAUAAUAAAUAUAUUCACUGUUAUGUUAUUUGUCUUUGUUUCGGGUAUCAACCAGUACUCUCUCCCCAGGUAGUAAUCUGUUUCACAUCAAGCAAAAGACAAAAGGCUUGCUUCACGGACACUUUUCAAUGCUUGUGAACAUUAAGCCGUUUCCAUUGCAACCUCUGGCCUCUUCAAGGAUCUCAUCUAUGACUGUUUUAUGCUGAGAGAGAGAGAGAGAGAGAGAGAGAGAGAAAGAGAGAGAGGUUUUCCUGUGUGUCAUUGGUUGUGUGUUAUAUCCAUUUGGGACUUUGGGAGCCUUGUACAUUGAACUGUCGAGUUGUUUCAACAAAAAUAAGUUAUAUACAUGGAAAAGUGGGACAUCUGCUGAAGAACUGAAAAAAUAUAUGUACUUGUGUCAAAGGACAACUAGACAGUGGGUAUCCUGAGAGGGAAAAGACUGGGUCGAUUAUUUUAAUAUGACCAUUUUAUACCUUUCAAACCCCUCCCCUAGAGACCACAAAGAUGAAUUAUUAAAUGAAUUGUUGUUUA